ACUCACUUCGAAACACGUAUCUGCUGUAAAUUAACACAGAAUGAGAACACUGUCGUAUUUCUUCAUUCUCAAAAAGGAAGUGGUGUUUGUUAAUGAAGUGAGACAGCUCACUUGCAGUUCCACUUGACUUGAGACUUCAAGAACUCCCUUUCUUCUAUCGCAGCAUCUGGUUUACUUGUCAUGGAUCAAAUAAUCCUUUUUUGGCUUUUAGGAAACUGGAUUUGUUUGGGGUUUACAUCAGCCAGUGGCCUUUCUCCACGACGUAUCUAUAAUUAUGGUGACUCUAGCAGAGUUCUUAAAUAUUUUAAAAGACCUGACAUUAAGAACUGCAGCACCCUUUUGUUAAGUGAAGAUGAACAGACACUGUAUGUUGGCGCACAAGACAAGAUCAUUUUCCUAAAGAUUGCCAAAGACUUCAGCAUGGAACUACAACAGCCAGAGUUAAGCUGGGCAGCACCAGAAAGUGAAAGAAAAACGUGUUACAGAAAAGGGAAGGACUACCAGACCAAAUGCAUCAACUUGAUCCGAAUACUGAAGCAGGUUAAUGCAACCCACCUUUAUGCCUGUGGGACAUAUGCCUUCAACCCACAAUGUGCCUACAUUGAUCUCAAAACAUUCUCCAUUAUUACUAGCACAAAGGAAAGUGGAGGGGGACGAUGUCCUUAUGAUCCCAAUAUUAAAUUUGCAGCAACCAUGGUGGAUGGAGAGCUUUAUGCUGGCACUGUGGAUACAUUUCAAGGAACAGUUCCUACUAUUACCCGUUCUCUUGGCACCAGACCUUCGCUGAAGACUGAAGCUUCUGUCAACUGGCUAAAAGAUCCAGUUUUUGUGGGUUCAGAUUUUGUCCCUAGCAGUACAGAAGGUGAUAAGGUUUAUUUUUUCUUUACGGAAACAGCACUGGAGUAUGACUUCACGGAAAAUUUCAAAGUCCCUAGGAUUGCUCGUGUUUGUACGAAUGACAUAGGUGGCGACAGAGUGCUUCAGAGGAAGUGGACUACAUUUCUGAAAGUCCGUUUGAGCUGUAAUCCCACAAAUGACAUUCCAUACAACAUUAUUCAAGAUUCCUUCUUCCUUAAAACACCAGCCAAUCCAGAUGAUAGCACAUUUUAUGGCAUUUUUAACUUCCAGUGGCGUGGACGCACAGAAGGCAAACAGUCUACUAUUUGUGCUUUCAAGCUGAAAGAUGUGGAAAAAGCAUUUAAGAGCACUUUCAUAAAGCUAGACAAGGACAGCCAAAAGUGGAAAACAAUUCCAUUUGACAGUAUUCCUUCACCUCGGCCUGGCAGUUGCAACAUUAAUACUUCCUUCGACAACAUCUUUCUGUUUAUGAAGGAACACUUUUUGAUGGAAGGAAAAGUUCUUCCUGAUAGAGAGCAACCACUGCUGGCUCAGGUGGAGAGGUACACCAAGAUUGUGGUGGAAAAGGUGCUGGUGCCUUUCAAGCAAAAAGCAUAUGAUGUGAUGUUUUUGGGAACUGAGUCGGGCUUCCUACAAAAAAUAGUCACUACUAAUUCAGGGCCCCACAUCAUCGAGAGUAUCCAGUUGUUUGAAAACCAAGAGCCAGUACAAAACCUCCUGCUUUCAACGAAAAAGGGAGUGCUAUAUGUGGGAUAUUCCUCUGGCAUUGUUCAGAUCCCUGUCACUAACUGCAAUGCUUAUCGAACAUGUGGAGACUGCGUGCUAGCCAGAGACCCCUACUGUGGAUGGGACAACAGUAAACAAGCAUGUCAGAGGAUUAGUGCUGAGAUGAAUGCAGGGAUUAAUUGGCUCCAAGAUAUUGAAGAAGGCAAAGCAGAUUCCUGCAAGACUACACUGCGACCUCGAAGUAAACAUCCUUUCCCCACAGAAAUAAUCUACAAGGAAUUAAACUCAUUUGUAAUGCUGUCUUGCUCUGCUCUGUCAAAUCAUGCCACCUUGAACUGGACACUUAAUGGGAAUAAGUUAGGACAUGGCUACUUUGUACUGCCCAACACAUCACUGAUGUUCCAUACCAGCAAUGAUAAGCUUGGCGUUUAUGAAUGCAGUUCCAUGGAAAAUGGGUUUUCUCAUCCAGUUGCAAAUUAUCUGGUGGAGUUACUCCCUUCAUCAACUUACCCUAUAGAAACUAUUGAACAAAAAACAGUGGAUUUAGAAACAACAAAAACAACUCAGUCCAACAAACCAAACCACCACAUAGAUAUGGCAAAGACUACAUCCUACAGCACAAAUCAGCAGAAAACCACCACUGACUCCUACAGACCAAAGCCAAGUACACACAUAGAAAAAGUUGCUUCCUUCAGCAAAAAUCAAUACACAACUGCCACCAGGGUUACAACAGCAGAUGAGAAAACUGAAGUACAGAGUGUUGAGACAAAGAUUUUCUCCAAAUACAUAAAUCUAGAAAAUAAAUAUCCACCAGAGAAAGACAUAGAAAGAAAUAAAGAGGAUUUUCCAAAGUCCUACUGGCCAAAUUUUGUGGUAGUAACCAUUCUUCUGGUUAUGACCAUAGUUACAAUAUUAGCCCUUCUUUUCUACAUCUACCAUGGGAAGAGCAGCUUAAAAACUAAAGUUGGAGAUGUGACCUCUGUAGAAAGCAAAAAGCUCAAUUCAAGUGAAACAGAAGACAGUGAUGCUUGUCAACAAGUAAAACAAGAGAAAAAACAUUGCAGUGUCCACAUGGAGGAAAACGGGAAAGAUAUGAAUGAAGAUGCUCUUCAAAGUAGCACAAUUCAAGAUGCAAAACCUGGGGAUAGCCUCACAGCAAACCAUGACUAAGAAAUUUCCAGCCAGAUGUGUAUAUUAAAUUGUUAUGUUAGGGUGAAUCAGGAUUACUUGUGAUGAUAUGCUUAAUGUUACCUUCUUAUCAAAGCAUGGGAGGUAGGUUGGGCAUUUAGUUUAAUGAUGAUGUUUGUGCCAAAGGGAAUUCUUUUUUUCAAUUAAUAUCAUCAUGUUACUUCUUUUCCCUAAAACUAAAUUCUGCACAUGCUAUGAAUGUAUUUUUCUAGUAGGAUUACAUUUUCCUUACUGGCAACCUACUUCGCCAGUUUCCACAAUAGCAUCAGAUAGCAGCAGCUAUAUAUAGCUAGGUUAUAGAUAGGUUAUAUCCUUAGCUGUUAAGUGUUUGUAUAGGUACAGACCCACAGUGACAUGCCUGUUAUAUCCUUAGCUGUUAAGUGUUCGUAUAGGUACAGACCCACAGUGACAUGCCUGUCCAUGACUAGUCUAGAGAAAGCAUCUUCAGUGCUGUGUAUUGUUAUAUCUCUAUAACUAUUUUGUGCUUGCUAGUCCAGCAAAGCUGCUCAGAACUGGAUUAUGGCUUAACCAUCAUGAAGUGCUUAUUAUUCAGUGUAAGCUUUAGGUUUCAAUACAUUCUGUAUAGCUAUUCUGGAAGAAUCCAUGUUCAGAAAUGGCAGACACACACACACACACACACACACACACACACACACACACACGCACGCACCUCUCUAACUCUGUAGUGGCAAGCUAAGACCACCCUUAUGCAUACUGACAAAGCUGUAAUUGAUUUUUAGUGCAUUACUAUUCAUCCUGACCAUGGCUCAUAUACUAACUGUACAUUAAAUCUCUCUUCUCAUUCUGAAAAGACAAAGUGGUCAUGUUAUUGUUACAUCCCCAGUAAAUUGAGUGUCACGCUUGAACACCUAUUUUGCAGUGGUACAUUAUGCUCUGGAGGUAAAAAUAACAGAAACACUAAUCACACUUUCUACAGUAACCCCAAAAACACUUUGGCAAACUAGUCCACAGUCACCCUUAUUGCAAUUGGUGAUACAGAGGUCCCCCUUGUUCUGUAUCUGUUUAGCACCACUUACUAUCUGAUUACAAAAUGAGCAGUCCUCAUAUGUACUCAUGCAGCUUAGGUGUGCACUCCUUUAGAGCCAUAACUACCAAAGCCAUUUUGUCAAUCUCACAGAUGACUACCAUGUGACAGAUGAAGAAUUCAGUCAUAUUAAGGACAGAUGGGGGAGAGUACCAUGGAGAUGAUGGGGGAAAUGCUGAGUAAGUCUGUUUAUACUGCCAUUUGGGAAGUAAAGUAUGACAGCAGUAGAGAUCGGAAAGGCGUCACUGCAUACCUAAACGGUAACACUACUGCAGAUUUACAUGAGGGUUAAAUAGGAUAGAGGAGCACUAUAUCACUGGCACUGACAGAUUUUACAAUUUAUUACUGAAACAAUAAAUGAUGAGUAUGUUGUCAGAUGUACUAUAUUAUUAAAAAAUGAGUUGUAGUAUUCUGACACUGGAUUAUAAGAUUAUUACGCAAAAUAGGUAGUCAUAGUAGGAACCGCCCUGUAUGUUCUAGAUGCAUAUGACUGUGUGUGGCUCUAGCAUUACCUUUUGUUGGCAUCAUAGCCUAGGGAACUGAGCCAGUGAGCUGUCUGUUGUACUUAUGGGUAUGAUUCCUGCAAACUCUGUACACUAUGUAACUUUCAGCAAGCCAAUUAAAAAGACCAAAUGCCUCAUCUUUAAGUUAUCCAUGAAGCCAUUUGUUUGUAUCUAUUAGUACUUACCAUGAUAACAAAGACUAACAGCCCUAAUCCUCAUCAACAAAGUAACCAUUAAUUUAGUUCUCUACUAAUACAGUGUACUUUUUCACUCAGUCAUUACCUGCAGCUGGCUGUGCAUUAGUAUAUGUUGUUACAGAGAGAGAGCGAGAGUGAGAGAGAUGGAGACCUGAUUGUGAUGCAGGAAUCCUGCAUUCAGGCAGACCUGGGCACUGCAGUGGCAAGCUGGUUGCAUGGGAAUGAGCUGCUUUGUCCCACCCCAGGGAGGGGUCCUUCUUGCCUAUAGCUCUGGUUUAGGUGUAAAGAAAAAUGUGGUGGUACAGGAUUAUCAUGUUUAGUGCAUGCUAUGAGAAUGAUAAAAUAUACACAUGAGAAACCUUGACAUCACCUCAAACCAUGCAAGGAAACAGGUAGGACUACAAGUAGGCCAAAGGGAAAGAUGAUGAGGACACUAGGGCAUGGAAGGUAGGAUGACAGGGGGCACCAAAAACAGAUUAAAAAAAUCUGAAUCUGAAGUCUUUAGUAUACCUGCCAAGAAACAUUUGUAAGAACGUUUUGUAUGUAUUAUUUCCAUGUACCUUCUGGUGCAGAGAUAAAAUACACAUUUUGACCUUAUUGACAAAUGAUCACACUGUGAGUGUUGCGUUGUGAAGUACCCCUCACCGGGGACUUAAAUGAAAAAAUACAUGAGAGGCACCAAAAGUCUUCAAAAUCUAGUUGUUAUUACAUCUGUGUUACAAUUCCUCAGUUUGAUUGCCAAUUUCCAAGGCUUUAACCUUACCAGCAAAAUGUUUUGUGUCUUUGAUCAUAAAAAUGGUUAUGCAAACCAUCACCUUUAAACAUUUUGAUAAUUCACUGUUCCUGAUAUUUUGCUAAAUUAUAUGGUUUUUAGGUGAUAACGUGUAUAUUAAUAUAUGUUCAAUAUUGAUGAAUCUGUACUAUUUCCUAAAAGAAACAAUUUUUCUGCAAAUGUCAUGCCUGUAGAGGGGAUCUGUGAUUUGACAACAAAGGACUUAAAUGCUACUAAAUCAAUAAAGGAUAUUUUGUCUACUCA